AUGCGACGCAACAUGUGCCGCAACAUGUGCCGCAACAUGUGCCGCAACAUGCGACGCAACAUGUGCCGCAACAUGUGCCGCAACAUGCGACGCAACAGCGAACGCGGGCCGACGGCGAGGAACCGACAACAGAGGAAUUUGAAGAUCGUCGAUUAUUUUCGGCAGGUGUUCGGAGAAUGGGCCCAGGUGGAGGUGGUGGAGCUGGUGAACGACGGGUCGGGGCUCGCCUUCGGUAUCGUGGGGGGCCGCUCGUCUGGGGUGGUGGUCAAGAGCGUGUUGCCCGGGGGAGUGGCUGACAGGGAUGGCCGCCUGCGCAGCGGCGACAUGCUCCUGCGCAUCGGCGCGGUGUCGGUGGUGGGGAUGUGCGCGCGGCAGGCGGCCUGCGUGUUGAGGCAGUGCGGCGCAUGCGUCAGAUUGCUUGUGGCACGACCGGCGCCGUCCAACGCUGCGCCGUUGCAGUCGCUCGGCGCGUCUCAAGCCCCAAUAGUUCCCUCACGGCUCCUGGCCGACCCCCUGGACCUGGAGAGGCGCCUCGCGGAAGCUGGUCACGACGGCUUCGGAGCCCUGUGUGAGGACACCACGCCCACGUCACCACCACCGACUGUCAUCGAGGAGAGUCUUCACCACAGGGUACGUGAAUUGUUGACUGCCUUCAAAAAAAAAUUGUGGUUCUAA